UUAUACACUUUACCUACACUCAUUAACCAGCGGUGCCUCUUUCAAACCCACUCUCCUCCGUGCUUGUCCGCGAGCUAUGGUGAGCUUGAAUCUGUCUUAUUUUCCCAGCCAGAAGAUCAAAUAAAAAAGCGAAGGCCCUUUAAAAAAUUUUUCUACAGAGGUGUUGAUUUAGACCAACUUCUUGAUAUGAAAGUUGAUCAACUCGCUAGCCUCUUCAAUUCUCGUGCCAGGAGGACACUUAUUCGUGGCCUCAAACAAAAGCAUCAAACUCUAUUAAAAAAGCUUAGGAAAAGCAAGAAGGAAUGUCCUCAAGGGGAAAAACCCUCGGUCGUUAAGACGCAUCUGAGGAAUAUGAUUGUUCUCCCUGAAAUGGUUGGAUCUGUCGUCGGUGUUUACAAUGGCAAAACUUACAAUUCCGUGGAAAUCAGGCCGGAGAUGAUAGGCCAUUAUUUGGGGGAGUUCUCCAUCACCUAUAAGCCUGUCAAACACGGUCGGCCUGGUAUAGGUGCCACACACAGCUCCCGAUUUAUUCCUCUAAAAUAA